AACCGUCCUAAGCCCCGACAUUCUACUCUUCCCUCAGCGUCCCCGGUGGGCCCCGCUGUCCCGCUGGCAUUGCCCUUUUAAGCGGAGUCGUUCCAGUCUGUCCCGGGCCGGUCCGGGGGGGGGCGCGCGCGCCCGCCCGCUCUCUCGCGUGCGCGCGCCCGCCGGUCCCCCCGCCCCUCGCUCCCGCCCCAGCUCGCGCUGCCCGGGCGGGCGCCGGCCGCUGGCGCCGCCGCUGCUGCUGCCGCCCCCGGGGCGCGAGUCCGCCGCCCGCCGCCCGGGGACCCGGCGAGGGGCGGGGGCAGCCCUGAACCGGCCCGGGAACUCCCCGGCUCCAGACUCCCGCUUCCCGGAAAGUUCGUCCCUUUGCCCACAGCCGGCCGCCUCCGGGAGCCCCGCCGCGGCGAGGGAUUUCCCCACAGCCCCAGCUGGUGUGGUCAGGCCCCAAGUGUAGGAUGGGGCUCCUGCGAGGGCUGGUGGCAGCCAGAGCUGAUACAGCCCCCCUGAUCUGGGGCCAGGACGCCAGCUGAGGAGGGUGGAAAUAUCUGGAGCCAUGGCUGGCGCCUCUGUGAAAGUGGCAGUGAGGGUUCGGCCCUUCAACGCCCGUGAGACCAGCCAGGAUGCCAAGUGUGUGGUCAGCAUGCAGGGCAGUACCACCUCUAUCAUCAAUCCCAAACAGAGCAAGGAUGCCCCCAAAAGCUUUACUUUUGACUAUUCCUACUGGUCACACACUUCGGCCGAGGACCCCCAGUUUGCUUCUCAGCAACAGGUGUAUCAGGACAUCGGAGAAGAGAUGCUGCUCCAUGCCUUUGAAGGCUACAACGUGUGCAUCUUUGCCUAUGGGCAGACUGGCGCUGGGAAAUCCUACACUAUGAUGGGGCGGCAGGAGCCAGGGCAGCAGGGCAUCGUGCCCCAGCUCUGUGAGGACCUCUUCUCUCGUGUUAGUAAGAACCAGAGUGCUCAGCUGUCCUAUUCUGUGGAGGUGAGCUAUAUGGAAAUCUAUUGUGAGCGAGUACGAGAUCUUUUGAACCCCAAGAGUCGGGGCUCUCUGCGGGUCCGGGAGCACCCCAUCCUGGGCCCCUAUGUGCAGGAUCUAUCAAAACUGGCUGUGACCUCCUAUGCAGACAUUGCUGACCUCAUGGAUUGUGGAAAUAAGGCGCGAACUGUGGCUGCCACCAACAUGAAUGAGACUAGUAGCCGUUCCCAUGCUGUCUUCACUAUCGUCUUCACACAGCGCUGCCAUGAUCAGCUCACUGGAUUGGACUCAGAGAAGGUUAGUAAGAUCAGUUUGGUGGACCUCGCUGGGAGUGAGCGGGCAGACUCCUCCGGGGCCCGGGGCAUGCGCCUGAAGGAAGGUGCCAACAUCAAUAAGUCCCUGACUACUCUAGGGAAGGUGAUCUCGGCUCUUGCAGAUAUGCAAUCAAAGAAGCGGAAGUCGGAUUUUAUCCCUUACAGGGAUUCUGUGCUCACCUGGCUACUCAAGGAGAAUUUGGGUGGGAACUCACGCACAGCAAUGAUUGCGGCCCUGAGUCCUGCGGACAUCAACUAUGAGGAGACUCUCAGUACCCUCAGGUAUGCUGACCGUACCAAACAGAUCCGCUGUAACGCCAUCAUCAACGAGGACCCAAAUGCCCGGCUGAUCCGGGAGUUGCAGGAAGAGGUGGCUCGGCUACGGGAGCUGCUGAUGGCUCAGGGCCUCUCAGCCUCUGCUCUGGGAGGCCUGAAAGUGGAUGAGGGGAGUCCUGGAGCUGCUCUGCCAGCUAUAGCAUCUCCCCCUGCUCCAGUUUCACCCUCAUCUCCCCCUACACACAACGGAGAGCUGGAACCAUCGUUUUCUCCCAACACUGAGACUCAGAUUGGUCCUGAGGAGGCCAUGGAGAGGCUGCAGGAGACAGAGAAGAUUAUAGCUGAACUGAAUGAGACCUGGGAGGAGAAACUACGAAAGACAGAAGCUCUGAGGAUGGAGAGAGAAGCACUGCUGGCUGAGAUGGGGGUUGCCGUCCGGGAAGACGGAGGAACUGUAGGCGUCUUUUCUCCGAAGAAGACUCCCCACCUGGUGAACCUGAAUGAAGACCCUCUGAUGUCUGAAUGUCUGCUCUACCAUAUCAAAGAUGGAGACACCAGGGUCGGCCAGGUAGAUGUGGACAUCAAGCUGACUGGGCAGUUCAUUCGGGAGCAACACUGUCUGUUCCGGAGUGUCCCUCAGCCGGAUGGAGAAGUGGUGGUCACCCUGGAGCCUUGUGAAGGAGCAGAGACGUAUGUCAAUGGGAAGCUUGUGACAGAGCCACUGGUGCUAAAGUCAGGGAAUAGGAUUGUGAUGGGCAAGAACCACGUUUUCCGUUUCAAUCAUCCGGAGCAGGCACGGCUAGAACGGGAGCGAGGGGUCUCCCCACCCCCAGGACCGCCCUCCGAACCUGUUGAUUGGAACUUUGCUCAGAAGGAGCUGUUGGAGCAGCAGGGCAUUGACAUCAAGCUGGAGAUGGAGAAGAGGCUUCAGGAUCUGGAGAAUCAGUACCGGAAAGAAAAGGAAGAGGCUGAUCUUUUGCUGGAGCAGCAGCGACUGUACGCAGAUUCUGACAGUGGGGACGACUCUGACAAGCGUUCCUGUGAAGAGAGCUGGCGGCUCAUCUCCUCCUUGCGCGAGCAGCUGCCCCCCACCACAGUCCAGACCAUUGUCAAGCGCUGUGGGCUGCCCAGCAGUGGCAAGCGCAGGGCUCCUCGCAGGGUGUAUCAGAUCCCCCAGCGCCGGAGGCUUCAGGGCAAAGACCCCCGCUGGGCCACCAUGGCUGACCUGAAGAUGCAGGCAGUGAAGGAGAUCUGCUACGAAGUGGCCCUGGCUGACUUCCGCCACGGGCGGGCUGAGAUCGAGGCCCUGGCUGCCCUCAAGAUGCGAGAGCUGUGUCGCACUUAUGGCAAACCUGAGGGGCCCGGAGAUGCCUGGCGGGCCGUGGCCCGGGAUGUCUGGGACACGGUGGGCGAGGAGGAAGGUGGAAGUGGAGCUGGUGGCAGUGAGGAGGGAGCCCGAGGAGCAGAUGUAGAAGACCUCAAGGCUCACAUUGACAAGCUGACGGGGAUUCUGCAGGAGGUGAAGCUGCAGAACAGCAGCAAGGAUCGGGAGCUUCAGGCCCUGAGGGACCGCAUGCUCCGCAUGGAGAGAGUCAUCCCCCUGGCUCAGGAUCAUGAGGAAGAAGAUGAAGAAGCUGGUGAGGCCACCUGGGCCAUGCCCCAAGGGUCAGAGGUAGUAGAGGAAGAACCCAGUGACCAAGCUUCCUCAGUCCGCCCUCCCUCACCACCCCUGUCAAGCUGGGAGCGGGUGUCACGGCUGAUGGAGGAGGACCCUGCUUUCCGUCGUGGCCGCCUUCGCUGGCUCAAGCAGGAGCAGUUGAGGCUGCAGGGACUGCAGGGCUCUGGGGGUUGGGGUGGAGGGCUCCGCAGGCCUCCUGCCCGCUUUGUACCCCCUCACGACUGCAAACUGCGCUUCCCCUUCAAAAGCAACCCCCAGCACCGUGAGUCCUGGCCGGGGAUGGGGGGUGGGAAGGUGCCAGCUCCACCCCAACCCCCUGAGGAGGUCACUCCUCCAUUGCCACCCCCUGCCCGUAGGCCCCCAAGUCCCCGAAGGUCCCACCGUCCGCGCAGGAACUCCCUGGAUGGAGGGGGCAGAUCCCGGGGAGGUGGUUCUGCUCAACCAGAGCCCCAGCAUUUCCAGCCCAAAAAGCACAACUAUUAUCCCCAGCAGCCCCAACCAUACCCAGCCCAACAACCCCCAGGACCCCGCUACCCUCCCUACACUACACCUCCGCGAAUGAGACGGCAGCGCUCAGCCCCUGACCUCAAGGAGAGUGGGGCAGCUGUGUGAAUCCCACGUCCUGGGCAGAGAGGCCUGGCAGGUCCCUUGCUGGAGGAGAGAAGAUGCCUGAGAAGCUGCUUCCCCAGAAGUCCUGGGGCAGGGAGGCCUUAGAGAUGAGAGAGAAGGUCCGAGUAAGUGAUAAAAGACGAGGGAGUGACUGGGCCAGAGGGGGAAGGAAGACGAGGGCACGGAGCUGCCAGGAGCAAACCAAAGUGAAGGAAGAGUGAUGAGAAGCUGCCUUGGGGCCCCCCUUGCAGAUGGGAGGGUCCCCACAAACGCUGCUAUGGGUGGGGUGGGGGGCUCGGGUGCUGCAUAGCCAGUGUUUGACUGUUUUGUUUUUUCUUUUUUUCAAAUGUGGGCAAAGGGGAAGAGAACCAAGAGUGAAGCGAGUUCUCCUCCCUCCCAUCUCUGUCUGUGGUGGGUUUUGUUCCCAGGGAGGUGUGUUAGAAUUAUAAGUCAUUCCCCUCCCCUUGCAGGCCUCCUGCUAUAUUUGGGGGACCUGUCUGAUUUUUGGUGUGAUUGGGGUUCCAUGAGGAUUGGGACCCUCAAAUAAAGGAUAGCUAACCUUGUG